UCGGUAUAUAAGCCCCAGUUGGACGCUGUUCAAAUCAGUUCAAAACCAAUUACGGUAUCUAGAGCAACACCCCCCCAAAAACAAUCCAAACAUGGCAUUCAAAUUCGUGGUCCUCAUCGCCGCCUGCAUCGCCGUGGCCAGCGCUGGCCUCAUUCCGGCUGCCGCUCCCUUGGCCGCCGUCGCCCAGGUGGAGGAGUACGAUCCCCAUCCCCAGUACACCUACGGAUAUGACGUGAAGGAUGCCAUCUCCGGCGACUCCAAGACCCAGGUGGAGAGCCGCGACGGCGAUGUUGUGCAGGGCCAGUACUCGCUCAACGACGCCGAUGGCUACCGUCGCAUUGUGGACUACACCGCCGAUCCCAUCAAUGGAUUCAAUGCCGUCGUCCGUCGUGAGCCCCUCGUGGCCGCCGUCGCCGCCGCCCCAGCUCCAGUUGUCCGCGCCGCUCCCGUUGUGGCUGCCGCUCCAGUUGCUGUCCGUACCGCUGCCUAUGCCGCUGCCCCAGCUCCCCUUGCCUACCACGCCGCCCCAGCACCCCUCACCUAUGCUGCUGCCCCAGCUGCCUAUGCUCCAGCUCCUCUGACCUAUGCCGCUGCCCCAGCACCCAUCGUGAAGGCCGCUCCUCUGGUCGCCGCCGGACCCGCUUUCGUCAAGACCCAGUACGCUUCGCCUCUUAUCUCGUACGCCUAUUGAAGUGCCCCGAAUAGGCGCCACGACCCGAUAAUUGCCGUUAGUUGUUAUUGAAUAAAUGGAUGUGAUUUAAAUGAAUGCAAAACUAAA